AUGACUAUCCCAAAGACCCAGAAGGCCGUUUUCUUCGAAGAAAACGGUGAUCUUGACGUAAUAAAAUAUGACGAUGUUCUUGUCCCUGAAAUUGGGGAAGGAGAUGUGUUGAUAAAAAACAGGUAUGCCGGACUAAAUUAUAUUGAAACGUAUUUCAGGACAGGACUAUAUCCUAUUGAAAAGCCUCACAUUUUGGGCCGUGAGGCCACAGGUGAAAUAGUCAAAGUGGGUUCCAAGGUGGACAAUUUGAAAGUUGGAGAGAAGGUUGGAUAUCUUUCGACUGCCACGUUUGCGCAGUACACGAGGUUUCCAGCAACAGGGAACAUAUUGCGUCUUCCAUCCGAUGCAAGUGAUGAAAAAUUGAAGUUAGUUGCAGGUGCAUUACUUCAAGGUUUGACAGCGUUGACUUUUAUAUAUGAAGCAUACGACGUGCAGAGAAAUGACUACAUCUUGGUUACGGCAGCAGCUGGAGGAGUUGGCCUUCUUCUUUGUCAGCUUCUUUCGAAGCUCAAGAAAGCUCAUGUUAUUGCGUAUGCGUCGACCGAUGAGAAGCUCAAGUUGGCACAAGAAGCAGGCGCCGAAUACCUGAUCAAUUCCUCCAACACCACACAUGAACAGCAGGUGGAAAAGAUUUUAGACAUAACCGGUGGGAAGGGUGUGGCAGCAUCAUUUGACUCGGUCGGGCGUGAUACAGCGGAAUUGUCACUAGCAGUGAUUGGAAGAAAGGGAACGUUUGUCUCAUUUGGAAAUGCUUCCGGCCCAGUCCCACCUCUUCAGCUCAGCAGAUUAACUGCGAAAAAUUUAAAGGUAGUCAGGCCCACUUUGUAUGGCUACAUUACAGAGCAUGAAGAAUUCGAAAAAUAUACGAAACAGCUUUUCCAUUUGAUUGACUCUGGUGAGCUCAAAAUCUACAUAAGCAGGACUUAUCCAUUGGAGAAGUACGUUGAUGCGGCUCGCGAAUUUGAAGGUCGCAAGACCAUAGGAAAGCUGGUUUUUGAGAUACCACAGUGA